UCGAUGCAGAGACGAUGAGCAAAGAAGCGGUUACGCUAAAAUCUCCCCGUCUCCUAAUUGUAAUAAUAAUAGUCGCUCCGCGCGAUGCUAUGUGCAUUGGCCCCCACCAUGCAUUGCUGGUUGCAGUGAUUAGCCUGCACAGAUUCCCGUGCUCUAGUUGCCGAGAUGUUCAUCACCGCUUGAACAAACAAGCCCAACCUUGGCCGGCAAGUUGCACACCUCAUUCACAUCUGGGCAUAGACUUGCGCUGCUUGACCGCGUCGGACAGCGGACCUCUUUCUCAGGCUGCAACCGCACUGACCAUUCUUGAAGGAUUGCAGACUAGACCAGAUUCAUAG